GGAGUAAGUUUAUUUACUUGUUCAAUCUUUUUUAUCUUCGAUUCAUGUUAAUUUUCGUUCGUUUACUCAUGUCUCUUAGUAUCCCCUUGUUUGUUUGUUUUUUUCUGCCACGUCUAUUUAUCUACUUUCUUUGAGAUUUUCUCUUUCAAAAUUGCACCUCUAGAAAAUAUCUAUUAUAAGACCGCUAUGUCACAUGGUUUCAUGACGAGGAAACUCGGUGUUCCACUUGAAAUUUGGCCGAAAGUCAUUUCCUCAAUUAUCUUCUUGAUUUGUAACUUCCUCUCAUUUAAACCACGCAAAUGACAACAAAAUGUAUCUAUACAUAUUAAUGCACGAUCUUGUUUUCGAAAUUUUGAGUGCGACAUACAUUGUAACAAGACAUUUAUUGGACAAAUUACCACAAAUAAAACAACUCACUUAAUGGACACAGGAGAAUGAACCUAAAUACAGCAUUGAUGUUGUGGUGUAUUUUUCUGGUGGGACUUGUCGGUGUUGCCGCACGCGGCUGUGGGGAUGGAUAUUGUAAGUGUUCACAUGUACAGAAAAGGGCCACGUGUACGUCCAAAAAAAAGGAGCUAAGCUACUUCCCCGAACUCCCUCCGUACAUCAAACAGCUUACAUACAGGGACAACUAUCUGCCGCAUCUCACCAGAGACAUGCUCAUCAAUUUGACUAAAAUAAAUCUCGAACAACUUUACCUAAUUGACAAUGGGAUAUUCAAAAUAGAUUCGAAUACUUUCAAAGAUUUGAAAAAACUUGUGAAGCUUGAAAUUUCUCGUGAUGCUGUGCUAAAUGGAACAGUUGUCGCGAAUGCCAUCCAUAGUGUAUCUCGAUCUUUUGAGAGAUUAGUUCUACAGCACAACAAAUGGGAAACAAUUCCCCUCAACAUGUUCGAUGGACUUCAAGGUUCCAACAUUUCAUAUAUAGAUUUAUCAUAUAAUAAACUGCAGUCAUUUAACGGAACACAGAUUCUCCGUCUCAUUCCUUAUGUCAAAACGCUCAUUUUGGACGACAAUCCAAUAUCAGAGAGCAAUAUCGACUUCCACAACAUGCCUCAAAUGUUUAAAUUGAGUUUGGAAAAUACGUAUCUACAAAAAGUCCCUGUCUUCUGUGACGUCAAGGGAAGCAGUCUUUUGCCUCGUUUGCGCUCUCUGUACUUAGGCCAUACUUCAAUAAGAUCUGUCUCCAUGGAAGAUUUUACCUGUUUGCCUUAUCUUUGGAAAUUAUCCCUUCUGUAUACAAAUAUUAGAGUCAUUCCGAACAACACAUUCGCCGCCCUACCUGAACUUCAGACUCUUAUACUAGAAAAUAUCAUCACUCUCCGAAGACUUGAAUACUUUGCCUUUAACUCGACAUCAUUGAAAAAGUUGCAGUUCGGUUAUAUAAAAUUCAAAUUUGACGAUAAAGGAAGAUAUAACAAUGAUUUAUUCAAGUUCGCGCCAAGUUUAAGAGAUCUCGACCUUUCAAACAAUCAGAUUUCUAUUGGCGCAAUUUUAAAAACACUUCUGUGGAACUUGGUUAGGUUACAAAAGCUGAAUCUUCAGGGUUGUGGGCUGAAUUAUCUUGCGCGUGGAACUUUCGAUAGAAUGCCAAAUCUUCACACAAUUAUCAUGAAAGGCAACAAUUUGAAUGGGUGGGAUCCGAAUAUGUUUAAAGGACUGGUAAAUCUGAAAAAGCUUUACAUCGCUGGAAACAACAUAGCUGUGGUCAACAAAACUUCUCUCGAGUUCACAACUACAACUGCUCUUCAGGAGAUCGACUUAUCAAACAAUCCGUUUUCUUGUACAUGUCAACUGCUCUGGUUUCGUGACUGGUUAAAAUCAACCAAGAAUGUCACAGUUCCGCUAUAUCCUGAGAGAUAUGUCUGCAGGUCACCCCCGACUUGGGACAAGAAGUUGUUGGCCUCUUUCAAUUACACCGCCGAAGACUGUAAGGAGAAGAACCCUUGGAUAUGGAUUGGUAGUCUGCUGGGCUCGUUCGCGUUCCUGUGCAUUGUCCUAAUAAUUAUAAUAUACCGGCAGCUUGCAACUGUUAGAAAUUUCAUUUACCUGAUGCGGUUACGUAGGAAAGGCUAUGUAAGACUGGUGAACUCAGCAGAGUAUAUAUUUGAUUGCUACAUCAUCAGUUGUGAAGCUGAUGAGAGUUGGGUGCUUAGAACUUUGGUACCUAAACUGGAAGAAGAGCAUUGUAUUAGUGCUUGUGUACCCUCUCGAGAUUUUGAUAUCGGUGCGCCCUUUGUUGACCAGAUUUUAGAGAAAAUGCAGGACAGUAAGAAGAUAAUCAUAGUGAUGUCAAACGAGUUUACACAGGAUGAGUGGUGUCAGUUCCAAGUUGAAAAAGCACAGGAGCGGAUCCGAAAUCAAGGGAUAGAGGCAGCAGUGCUCAUUAUGUUGCACGAUAUUGACAAUAAGCACAUGACAUCUACUAUAAAAGAAUUGCUACGUAAAAAUUCAUAUGCAACAUGGGUGAGUGGCAGAAUUGGUAAACAGCUGUUUUGGAACAUAGUAUUGGCGGCAAUAGAAAAACCCUUUGGAAAUCCUCCUGUUGCUGUAUCGUGACAAAAACAUUGGUUUACAGAUGUUCAUAUAUGUAAUAUUUGUUUUCUUUCAUAGAGGUGUUUUGAAACAUUGAAAACUCUGAACGACCGGGAACCAAAUGUAUGCUUUAAACAUUUUGACAUGUUUCUGUGUGUCUUCACAUUUGAAGCAGAUGUUUGGGAUUAAAGAAGAGUGAAGCAGUA